AAUAGCCUCCUUUAGGCUAUGGGAGGAGACCAAGGAGGAGACGGAGAAGGAAUGCGAUUAGAAGCGUUGCAAGCGAGAUCACAGUAACUUCGAGCAGUGAACCGAGGCACCGAGACUGUCGAAGAGCCAGUCGAAAAACCUUGGCUGACAUUCUCCCUUGACCCUGGCCCUGUUUUGAUCUCAGAAGAGUUUCAUUCUUAGCAAGAGAGCAUCCUCGGGAAGCACAGCGUUGUCCACGAUGAGCAUCCAGUGGACAAUAGUGGCGGCAUUUCUGUACGCAGAAAUUGCAGUGGUGUUGCUGUUGAUGAUCCCGUUCAUUUCACCCAGGGCGUGGAACAGAAUAUUCAAGUCUAGGUUCUUCAAGAGCUUGGGGGCACAGGCGGACAUUUACUUCACAGUCAUGAUCGUUGUCCUGUUCCUCUUCUUUUUUGACUCCAUCCGCGAGAUGCGCAAGUAUGGCACCCAGCGGGAGGUGGCCCAGUCCGAGCACCACCACCACGGGAAUCUGGACGUGGAGAUGCAGCAGAGCAUGAAGAUGUUCAGGGCACAGCGCAACUUCUACAUCGCUGGGUUCUCCCUCUUCCUCUGGCUGGUGAUCCGUCGCCUGGUGACUCUGAUCAGUGCCCAGGCCGUGCUGCUGGCAGUGAAUGAGGCCUCCAUGCGUCAAGCGCAGUCUGCCACUGACGCCGCACAAAGCCUGCUCAAGCAGAAGAGUGACGGUGCCAAGCAGAACGAGGGCAACAGCAAGACAGAGUCCCUGGAGAGAGAUGUCAGGGAGCUGAAGAAGGAGCUCGAGGCUGCCAAGAAAGAUGUGGAGCACCUCACGACCGAUCGCGACGCACUCAAGGUGCAGGCGGAAAACCUGAGCAAGGAAUACGACAGGCUUUGCGAGGAGCACGCCAAGGCAGAGAAAACCUUGGCUGCCGGUGAACCGUCAACCAAGAAGGAUAACUAAUUGCUUCUCUGCUAACGCCACUUCUGCGGUGGAAAGGUCCGACUUACUUCCCGAGGGCUGUCCAGGUCUGGCUACAAAGUGCUGGUGCAACUUUGUAGCCUCAUUGAGGUUGUGUGGUGCUUGCGUCACAAGUGCGGUUGCUGUUUCGAGUGUGUGUCUGAAAAUAAACCUAGUGUUUGUGUACCCUUCAAA